AUGGCUAGCAGUUUUCCAACACGAACGGUUGUUCCACGAAACUUUAAAUUACUGGAAGAACUCGAAGCCGCGCAGAAGGGUCAACACGAAGGUUCGGUAUCAUGGGGUCUCGAAGCGAAUGAUGACAUGUCACUUUCCCGGUGGGUUUGUAUGAUCAUUGGACCAACACGAACGCCUUACGAAGGCCGCAUUCAUACACUGAAAGUUCACUGUGGUGAUCGUUAUCCCGAAGAGCCGCCUACUGUCCGUUUUCAAACACGCAUCAACCUAACUGGUGUAUCCGCUAAUGGUUCCGUUGACCCGAAAUCAGUUUCAUCACUUCGCAGUUGGAGUCGCGAUAUGACUAUCCAUCAAGUAUUAAACGACAUUCGAGCAAGCAUGUCGGCGAAAGAGAAUGCGAAACUAUCUCAACCACCAGAAGGCGCACUCUAUCCAUCUCAGUGA